AUGGAGGAGCAGCCAUUGGGGAAGUGUACAGGGCUUAACGUAACUGAGGAGGGCUCUCUCUCUCUGGAAUAAUAAAGACAAAGUAAAAGACGACCGAGGGCAGAAAUAUCCAAGCUCUGAAAGCUCCAAUCGGCGAUACAUAACGUUUACUUGAAAACCAGUAACCGGACUUGACUGAUUUUUGGACACAAGUCUCCUAGGCGACAGACUUGAAGUGUGGAAGUUGGGGAUACGAGCACACAGCGGAAAAUAUACAGCUGAGCCUGCGCUACAACUGCUAGCCACACGCUAAGCGGCACAGCUAGCCACGGAGCUAACUGUAACUGAGCUGUGAACUUGCUUUCUAAAUCACGGGGCUUGAAAUCCAGUCACAAGCGCAGGCUCUGUGAGAAUCCAGGGACUUGCUUAAUGAAUUAUGUCUGCCACAAGCAUUGACCCUCAGAGAUCAAAGGGACAAGCAUCUAAAGUGCAAAAUGGUUCACUGCAUCAAAAGGAGAAUGUCCAUGAAAAUGACUUUGAGCCGUACCUCACUAGUCAAUCAACUCAGAACAACAGCUACCAGUCCAUCACCGACCCUUAUCUGUCCAGCUACUACGCCCCCUCCAUUGGAUUUCCGUAUCCCCUCAGUGAGGCUCCCUGGUCUACAGGUGGGGACCCCCCUAUUCCGUACCUCACCCCCUAUGGAGCCUUGAGUAAUGGAGACCAUCACUUCAUGCCAGACACGGUGUUUGGCCAGCCGGGUGGCCUAGGAAGCAGCAUCUACCCCCACAGGUUUAAUUUUUUCCCUGAAAAUCCUGCCUUCUCUGCCUGGGGCACAAGUGGCACCCAGGGCCAGCAGACUCAGAGUUCAGCCUACGGAGGAAGCUACAGCUACCCCCCCAGCUCCCUGGGGGGCACCCUGGUGCCUGAUGGUCAGACGGGCUUUCACAGUGACACCCUCAACAAAGCCCCCGGUAUGAACAGCCUGGAGCAAGGUAUGAUUGGCUUGAAGAUCGGAGGGGAUGUCACUGGCCAGGGCUCAGGAGUCAAGGCUGUGGGAUCUGUGAUCGGUGGCCCUGUAGUGGCAGCCACAGGGAACGGGGCCACACCUAUUGGAAUGCCACCCCCCAAACCCACCUCCUGGGCAGCCAUUGCCAGCAAGCCCGCCAAGCCGCAGCAGAUGAAAGCGAAGGUGAAGCCAGGAAUGCAAGGUCCAGGAGGAGCUCUUCCCCCUCCACCCAUCAAACACAACAUGAACAUCGGGACCUGGGAGAAGGGCCCGGUGACUAAAGUAGCCACAGCUCCAAUGCAGCAUCAGCAGCCUCUCGGCAUGCCUCAUGGCAUGCAGCCUCAAGGCCACAUGCAGCAGGGACCCAUGCACCACCCUGCCCAGUCCAUGGUGCAGCCCCAGAUGCAGCAGAUGACCUUACAGCACCACCAUCACCAGCACCACCAGCCACCACCCCAGCCCUACCAAAACCACACCCAGCCCCCACAACCCCAGACCCGUUGGGUUGCCCCACGCAACCGUAACCAAGGCUACGGGCAGGGCGGCCCUGGCCAUGAUGGUAGUGGUGUUAUGGGUAUGGUUGGUGGUGGGCACGGUGGCCCCCCAACUUGCCCUAGCCAGGGACCUGGUGCAGAGUCCCACCCCGUGCUGGAUAAGCUGCGUGCCAACCACAGCUACAACCCCAAGGACUUUGAAUGGAACCUGAAGAACGGCCGUGUUUUCAUCAUUAAGAGCUACUCCGAGGACGAUAUCCACCGCUCCAUCAAGUACUCCAUCUGGUGCAGCACAGAGCACGGCAACAAGCGGCUGGACUCAGCCUUCCGGGCCAUGAAUGCUAAAGGCCCCGUGUACCUCCUGUUCAGUGUCAAUGGCAGUGGUCAUUUCUGCGGUGUGGCAGAGAUGCGGUCACCAGUGGACUAUGGCACCAGUGCUGGUGUUUGGGCGCAGGACAAGUGGAAGGGCAAGUUUGACGUGGACUGGUUGUUUGUUAAGGACGUGCCUAAUAGCCAGCUUCGCCACAUCCGCCUGGAGAACAACGACAACAAGCCAGUGACCAACUCCCGCGACACCCAGGAAGUUCCUCUGGAGAAGGCGAAGCAGGUGCUCAAGAUCAUCGCCACCUACAAACACACCACCUCCAUCUUUGAUGACUUCUCCCAUUAUGAGAAGAGGCAGGAGGAGGAGGAUGAAGAGGUGGGCCAGACUUUUGAACCUUCCCCUAUACCCAACCGCUCUCGGUUGGAUCAGGAGCGCCAAAACAGGAAUAAACAAUAGAAGACAUUUAUCCUUGGCUUGAUCAACAGUUACACUAGGACUUUUGAUUUAAGAGACAGAAGAAUAUGAAAAUGCAACCAAGCCCUUCAUUUUUUUCUAUUUAAUUCUGGUGAAUCUCUGCCAUUGUCGAGACUUGUGCUUUUUUUUGUCCCAUGUACCACCCACUUCUUGUGCAGGGAUAACAAGCUGAUUUAUUGUAACACCUAGGCACCACCACACUCUUUAGUUCAGUUUUUUUUUUUAAAGAAAUAUUUUUCUUCCCGUUCCAUCUCGUACUAUUCUCUCACCAGACUGGUUUUCUCUCUCCGGCCCCGGCCCCCACCUCUUUCCAAUUGAAUCAGGGUUUGACUGCACCAUGGAGAAAAAUCUGCCACUUUAUAUUUCAGUACAAUCAGGAACCAAUGUGUCCUGCCCCUAUUUGUCCAUUUGGGGGCGACAUUGCCAUGCUUCAGCGGUUUAACUGUGCCAACAGUGUUGGAGGAUCCCAAAGGCCAUGUCGGACUUGGCGCUGUGCGAUUAUACAACUUCAAUGGUUUAUCUAUUUUUAAUUCAGAUCGACAAAAUCUCUAUUUUUUGGCUUACUACUGACAAUUUUCAUUUCAGAAACCUGUUUUCUGGAGCCUUAAUGUUUUUUUCUCUAAUUAUUGGUGACUUUUCAAAAGAACUGCUCAAACAGUGACACUGCUGGAGAAAUCAGGGAUAGUGUGAAGUCACACGGGACUCGAAACAUUUCUGAAAGAGGAAUUGCUAAGGCCUCUGGGAUAAAGAAAUAAUGGAUGUGUCCUCCACAACCAGAACUCACCAUUUUAGUCCAAAAUUGUACUAUUGACAUCCCUCACACCCUUCUGCUUCGCUGUCUUUUUGAUGUUUGUCUUGAAGGGGUCUUUUGUAUGUUUCGUCAGGAGAUUCUGCUUGUGUACGCAACCCAGUCUGAGAGAAUUGUCGCACCCACCAUUUUAAAUUGUUUUAUAAUCAGAAUGAUGUAACUGCUACAUUGAAUUAAUUGUUGCUUUGCGUUUUUUGUUUCACAAAUGGGGGGGAGGGUACACAUGUUUGUCCAUUCACCAUCAUUCUGUCUUAAUCCUCUGUUUUUGUUUUUUCUCCCUCAAAUUUGGUUUUGCUAGGUCUAUCAUGUUGGUCGUAAUGCUAAGCUUUAACGUAGGAGCCUAUAUAUUCAUGGAGAAAGCCUAAAAAUGUAUAACCUAAAAAUUAAUGUAACUGAUUUACUAUCGAGUAAGAAAAAAAUAAGAAUGAAAUGUG